UUCCCGGGAAACAAGCUCAAGGCCGAAACCGCCGAAACUUGCUGGAAGUUGGCAACAAGCACCAACGCGGAAGGACCAGAAAGGACCGUGAGUCCGCAGACGCGGAUGUGUUCCGCAUUUCUGUUCCAUAUGUGCCGCAAAAUCGUAAUGGUCGCGGACAUAGUCAGCUGGCGUUGAACCUGAAGCGCGCGGGCCGAUGACAUUGACAGACAGCAGCGAUUGCACUCCGGGAGGUGCGUGGUCGGUGCCCAUGAGACUGGCUACACAGAUCGUCAAGUCUGCCAUGCCGCCCAGUGAGCACUGUGGACCGCUUGCUAGCACACGCAACGAUGACAUAUGCAUCAGUGAACGACUGCUGUCGACGCGCCGACACUUUCAGCUAUCGGCGAAGAGCGUCGCGUCCGAUAUUAUCGGCAGAAUACGUCCAACCGUUCUCACGGGGAAACCAAGUGGCAGCGUGGAUGGCCUGGAGGCGAUGAGCAGUGACUGUGAGAGGGGCAAAAGUAGCUCCCCACAAGCGGGAGACAGUAGUCCCACGACAAAUCCAGCAAGCAAGGCAGACAUGGAGCUACUUGCGAGGCUUGAGGAACAAAACAGGCUUCUAGAGUCUGACGCCAAGUCACUGAACUCUCUCACAUCCACCCACUCCCGAAAGUCAUCGGACACCAGCCAGGUGUCAGUUACUUCGGGAGCCAGCCAACAGAGUGGUGCCAUGGACGACGAAGGGGAGGACGUCUGGGUUCUAUGGGGACGGAUAGUCAACGAAUGGGAUGCGCACAUCAAGAAGAAAAAUGCCUUUGUCAAGGAGCAGGUCCGCAAGGGUGUCCCCCAACAUUUCCGAGCCAUCGUGUGGCAGCUGCUGUGCAAUGCACAAACAUGUCCUGCGCGGGAGCGUUAUGCGGAAUACCUCAAAGGCACGUCUCCUUGCGAAAAAGUGAUUCGCCGGGAUAUUGCUAGGACAUAUCCGGAGCACGAGUUCUUCCGCGACAAGGACGGCGCCGGUCAGGAGGGCCUCUUCAACGUGAUGAAGGCUUAUUCUCUCCACGACAGAGAAGUGGGCUACUGUCAAGGCAGUGCUUUCAUCGUGGGUCUGCUUCUUCUGCAGAUGCCAGAGGAAGAGACGUUUGCGGUGCUUGCCCGAAUGAUGCAGGAUUAUCGGCUCAGAGAAAUCUACAAACCUAGCAUGGCUGAACUGGGACUGUGCAUGUUUCAGCUGGAGUGUCUCGUGCAGGAACUGGUACCAGAGAUCCACAUGCACUUCCAAGCUCAGAGCUUUCACACUUCAAUGUAUGCAUCAUCCUGGUUCCUCACUCUGUUCACAUCUUGUUUGCCGCACACUUUAGCAUGCCGAGUCAUGGACCUUUUUCUUUCUGAGGGAAUGGAAAUGAUAUUCAGGAUAGCCAUUGCCAUUCUCCAGUACUGUAAGGAAGAUAUCCUACAGCUAGACAUGGAAGGCAUGUUAAAGUAUUUCCAAAAGGAAAUGCCAUCAAAAUGUGAAACAGAUCCCGAUUACCUCAUCAACCUUGCACUCCAAGUGAAAUACAACAGCAAGAAAGUAAAAAAGCUAGAGAAAGAGUACACAGCUCUGAAAGCCAAAGAACACGAAGAAAUGGUAGAGCUUAGAAGGCUUCGUACAGAGAACAGGCUCCUGAGGCAAAGGAUAGAACACUUAGAACAAGAAAGCUCCUCACUUGCUGACCGCUUGAUUCAGGGUCAGGUUGUCCGAGCACAAGAGGCGGAAGACAAUUACAUCAUCAAGCGAGAGCUUGCUGCCCUCAAGCAGCAAGAGCUUACAGUCCAGCAAGAGUUGGAGAAAGCACACAACCAAAUCAAAGAACUUCAUGAGGCACAGACUCAGCCUUCUUCAAUGGAAAGUCAAGCAGAAGAUCUGCUCAAGUCUCUGCAGGGUGAACUGGUUGCUGUUAAAUUAAGGGAAGCAGAGGGUCAGGAGACCAUGCGAGGACUCAGGCAGAGGAUUCAGGAACUUGAAGAAGAGAACAAAAGGCUGCGGGAGACAACUCCAGAUGACAGUGUGGCCAACCUUCAGGAAGAGCUGAUUGCGGUGAAGUUACGAGAAGCAGAGGCUAACCUUUCUACCAAGGAACUCAGGCAGAAAGUGCUGGACCUACAGGCCAUGUGGGAGAAACAUUUAUCUGAGAAGGAAAGCCAGCCAGAAAAUCAGUCAACGCCAUCCCGAUGGCGAGGUGACAAGUCUCAGGUUCCUCAGCUGCAGGAAGAGCUCAUGACAAUUCGGCUGCGAGAGGCUGAUGCUAUGGCUGAGCUCAAAGAACUCAGGCUGCGGGUAAUGGAGCUGGAAACUCAGAAUCAAGUGAGUCUGAACCAGAUCCGAAGACAGGCUGAGGAAAUAGCGAAGCACAAACAGCUCUCCGAUUGUGUUGUGAGCAAAGAACGUGAGCUGCAUUCUCUUGUACAAGAUGAAGCGAGGAAGUUGACAGACCUCGAAUCCAAGAUGAAAGAAGAACGAAUGAAUGCUCGAAUACGUGAAGUGGAGCAUACGCAGGUCAUAGCUGAAAUGAAACAGAAAAUAUCUUCUUUAGAGAUAAGGAAUCAAGAGCUGCUCACUGCUGGUCAGCUGAGGGGAAGCACAGAAUCUGAGGAAGUGAAAGAACUGCAAGAUAAAAUGUCUGACCUCAAAGCUGAGGUCAUGCAGCUACGAAUAAUAAACAAGCGCCUCAAUUCAGCCUUAGCCCUGUCCAAGCUGCAACAAGAUGGCUCCCCUUCGUCACCCACUUCCCCCAGUGCUUACUCUCCUCCAUUGGCGUUCACCCACGGCAUGAUGAGCCGCAGCGGAAGUCUGCCCGAAGACAACCUCUCUGAGCACAUCCUGCAACUGGGCUUUGAGUACUCUGCUCCGAACAAGGCCAAGGUUUCCAAUGGGGAGGCUUGAUACGGAAAGCGAGAUGGAAAAUGUCUGUGAUGUGGACUCUCGAUUCAGUUCUUCAGAGGGUGUCUCUGAUUUGCGCGCGACUGGCACAGUUUUGUGAAGAACGAGUGGAAAUACUCCCUUUAGUGCUGAGCAUUGUAUAUGUUGCGCAGUUUUAUUCGCUGUUCUUACGCUAUAUAGCUGCUGAGGCUGGUACCUUAUUGAAAAAAUUGCCGGAAUUUAACGCGAUUGUGCGCAUCACUGAGUGCACUCACACUGUAAUGCGUACAUAAAUAUCAAUUGCUCGAUGCGUCACAUGCAGCUUUCUUGUUCUGAUUUUGAUACAAGCAGGCCAUGGUUUAGGAAUAUGGAGAGCUGUUUCUUACCGCCCUUAAUUCUUCCAGUACACCAAACCAUCAAUCAACCGCACCCAAUUUGAUCAACCAUUUUGCAUGGCACACGACAUACACAGUCGAAAGAAGCGCAUGUUACUGUUUUUUUCCCUCCUGGUGCUCUUCGUUGAGGUGACAAACCUAUUGCGAUCAAGUGCGCACAAUAUUUUCAACAUAAUUAGGGCGAAAUUGUAAUCUUUGCUUUCCUAGCCUUGUUUUUGCUGCUUUUGUUCCAAAGUUUUCAACAUUUCAAAAGCACAUCUACUCCAGAAUGUUGGUGCGUUACAUAGUGAGAGAAUGUGGAAAACAGAAAACCACUGGAGAACAAGGAAAGGAUGUGCUUCAGAAUUGAGAGCUUACAUUUGUAUUGACCAGCAGGAUAUCCACCAUUAAUGUCUGUGCAAGUACAUGGAACUGCUGUACAGAGGUCAAAGGAAGAGGUCAUAUUCCAUUGUUUUGUCUGUGGCCGUCCUUGCGGUGUAGUGCAAGAACUUUUCUGCUGAUUGAAGGAACAGAAAAAAAUCUUUUGUAAUCUAAUAGAGGGUUAGUAUAAUCACCCUUGUGCAAUCUCGUUUUGCUGCUAGUCCAAAAACAGAAUGGUAGUGGGAGCGUGGAACGGAGAUAUACUAGAGGGGAAACGUUAGGCCAUCCUUCGUACGCAUGUAAUGCAUCAUAUGAUAUGUCACAACAAAGUUCACAGUUCCAUGUGUGUUCACUGGGGGCAAAUUUGCUUAAUUACAGUUUGUGGAUGGAUCUGAUGCAUGCCUAUUCUCAUCAUGCCUUUCUUAACUGUGCUUUUUUCCCAUGUUCUACAUAACUUUUGCUCCUCUGUAUCUUUAAAAAGGCAGAAUCCUUUAACUUAGUAAAUGGCAUUCAGUAAAUCAGUGUUAAUUCUACUUUGGAGCAGAGAAAUAUUUUCGUCUUAUGAGCAUUCCGUUUUAAGUCUUGGAUUACAGUAGAGGAUAUGUUCAUGUACAAAUAUUACUCACUGCGUGUUUUGUUCAAUAUGUUGUUUGUACAAAGUUUAAUAACGUGUUUCUUUUUGUAAAAUUUCAUAGCUGUGAACAUAACAUGCAAUAUUCUUGGUUUUUGUCUUGCCUUGUGAUACUACGUUAUAGUAUUCGUCUAUCCUGAUAUUUUGAUUAACUAUAUUGCGUGGCUGUAGAAGAAAAAAAUGAGUCGACGUUUUCAACAAUUUUGUAUUUCUACUUAACUUUUAUUGUUGCAAUAUUUUAAGAGAAGGCUGCCGCUCCAUAUUAUUGGUGCAGUACUCGUUGUACCUAAUUUUUACUGCGCUUAUUUUUAUAGAUACCCUUCUGCAUAUGCGAUUUAUUUGCAAUACUUAUAUUUUGAUGCUUUAUAUUAAGGUAUGAUUAUCGGUUGUGUACAGAAAUUAACAUUUAUUUAUUAUGGCUACAAAUGCUGCAGUUGCAACACAUACCAUGGUUAUCAAAGUUGAGCUCCGAAGUUGUAUAGUCUAGAUUGGGAGAGUAGUUUUCAAGACCCUUUUGCUAAAGUGUGUGCAAGUGCGGUCGACUUUAGCUAGGAUGUGUGUUGUUUAUACGAGUGAAGCAGUUAGCACCAUUAUUAGGAAAAAGAAAACCACCCUCGCUGCACACUUGAGUAGAAUGACAUUGCACAAUACACUCGGUGAUGUUGAAUUGAAGACAUAGCUCCUUGUAGAGAGUGGACCCGUUGUUUGUUGGUAGUUAGCAGCAGCACCUAGCAGUCCCUGUUAUGUCUACUUCCCGUGUUGUGCAUAUAGAGUAAUUGGUGUACAGUAUGCUCUGUCCGGAAUGAACCUUGUUCAGUUUUGCAAAAUAAUAAAGUGAAUUUUUGCUGAA